UGUAGUGAGCCCAAUUGACAAUAAAAAAUUAAGGAAAAACUGAGUUAACUCGUCCUCUUCUUCUGUUCUUCUCCUCUCUACACAAACCAGCAAAAUCAUAACUAAGAACGAAGAAGAAAAAAACCCAAAAGCAAAGAAGAUCUUCCCUUUCAAGCUUGUGGUGGAUUAAAUAUGGCUGCUGGAGUUAUUAAAAAGUUCUUUAUUGCAUCAAUGUUCAUGUGGAUAGCUCCUCUUGCAAUUUUGUAUGGUUUUAACCAUAAGUUACUUCCUGGUUCAACAAGUUUAUCUCCCCAUGCUAUGACACUGGUGAGUGGGUUCGUUGCUGUAAUAUCGGUCAAUAUAAUUAUUGCAUUCUACAUUUAUAUGGCAAUGAAGGAACCUACUGAUAAGCAUGAGCCAGAUCCAAAUUUUCUUUCUGAUGCCAAAGCUAGUGUAAGCCAGCCAACAGGUGAAGCUACGCCCUCUUCACAAUCCCUUAAGAAACAAGAAUAGAAUAGCUGAAACCCUGGACAAGUAACCACAGUGGAGAGAAUGGAACAGUGCGGUCUCUGUUCAGUGCUUAUGAGGCAGAAAUUGACUUCUUCCUAUAUUUUGCUGUAUAUUUGGACUCACUGUUUUUGAUCUUUCCGUAUUAUUCUUGAGUUCUGAUUCCAAUCUCACGGUUUCUUUUAUUGUUAACUUGUUUUGACCUGCAAUUGCUGAACUUAUGCUAAUCAUUCCAGCUAUCCACCCAAGCUUUUUCUGGGGUGCAAACAGAAAGAGUAUUUCUUGAUACAGUAGGUAACAAGUGGUGCAAAGAGUAAGACUUGUAAGGAGAAUAGCAAAAACGUGUACCCUUGAUGCUAGUCGAGAUGCUAUGGAAACUGAAGCCAUAAUAGAAGCAUUUAAGGGGAUACAACUAGUCAGGUUUGGAUUCUUAUGAGCCCCUGGAGCUCUUACUGUAGAACCAGAAUGGUCAUGUAAGAAAAGAUGAAGCAAGUGCCCAAAUGGAAUCGGAGCUAAUGGACCUUGUCUUGGUUUGGUAGAUCGGAGCCAAAACAUACAAACCAUGGGUAAAAAAAGAAACAUUGAGGACAUGGUGCAAAAGAAGGUUGAGGGAGAGCAGUUCUUCAGUUUAUAGGAGAAUUAAGAAACCUGUACCAAGAUGGCUUACAUCAAGAAGCUAGAGGGAGUUUUCUUUGAGGGUUGAGCUAAGGGUGUAGGUCCAGACCAGGACCACAAGAGCAACAAUGCAUAGAUAUUGUGAGAUAGAAAUUGAAUCUUGCAUCAUAUUCAGCAUGUUUCUUUUAACAAGCAUUCAUGACCACGUCUUCAAGGAAAGUUGCAUCUGUGAUUGUCAUCAAAACCAGGUUGCAUCCCUCCACAUGCAACUUUUCCCCAUUUAGGUAGUUGGAGAAGAAUCACCACUGACGUUUGUAUCCAUCACAAUACCACAGGUGUGGGGGAAAUGCAACUUCCUGAGUUUCAGAUUGUCAAAAGCAAAAUAUUUAUCCUCUAGAGCAACAUUUGCUUCCACAAUAUGUAAAUCCAUCAGAUUCCAAAAA